UGCCCCCCUCCAGCCCGUCCCCUCGGGUUCGCUGGGGCUGGUGGGGUCGCGGCGCGGAGCUAGUGAAACUUCGCCAAUAGCCCUCCUGUUUCCCUGCCCGGGCGGGGGAAGAGCAAAUCACGCCGCGCCGCCUCCUCCCGCUCCUCCUCCCGGGCCUGUGCCAGCGGCCGAUUCUUCAAAGACACAAAUACUCCAUGGUUGUCUUAAUAUCUGAGGCUGGUCAAGCAAGUGGUCUCUCUUGGCUUCAGGAGUGAGAAUCCUCUUUUUCCUAUUCUGAGUUAUUGACAGAAUCAAUUUGAGAAAGAAUUUGUGAUUGACAGCUAUGUUUCAGAUAACAAAACAUUUAAGCAAGUCGAUGUUUGCCACAGUUGGGAUCCCAGAAGCUUUUACUUCUCCCCUCACCCUUCCCCUUCCCCGCAGUGUGUUUGCACAUUUGGUGCCUCUUCUAGGCUCUGUGGGCUCCACUCCCCGCUAUGUCCAAUGGGGGAUUGGAGCAUGACUGUCGAGUCCCUAAUGAUAAUGAGCUACCUAUUUUGGGGUAGGUAUCACCCUGAGUUACUUCACUCUUCACAAAGGAUAUGCACUCUUAAUUCAUGGAAUUUACAAGACACUCAAAUCAGAGGACUACACAUACCAACCAAAGACUGACCAGGGGCAAUGCCAGGAUAUUUUUACAGUUUAAGGCAUACAUUUCUUCAGAAGCACUAAUGGAUGUUGACAUGCAUUGGAUAAGGUGGUGACUACUGGAAGUAAUCUGUUGCUACUCACUGCAGAGAGGCAAAAUUGACUCCAUUUGGAGUUCAGAGACGAAGCGGUGUGGACGUAUCAAGAUGACUGAUCCUAUGAUGGAUUUUUUUGAUGAUGCCAACCUUUUUAGCGAGACGUUAGAAGGUUUGUCGGAUGAUGCCUUUGUACAACCUGGACCUGUUUCACUAGUUGAUGAAUUGAACUUGGGUGCAGAAUUUGAGCCUUUGCACAUAGACUCAUUGAACCAUGUGCAAGAUACUCAAACUCAACAAAAGAUGAGUGAAUUUGAGCAGUUAAAUCAGUAUGAUUCAUUGAAACUUCAAGUAAAUCAGUCUUUCAGCAGUCCAGCUGACAGUGUUUUAUCACCACACACUCAAUUUAAUUGCUCACCAAUCCAUCCACAAAACCAAUCCAAUGGAAUGUUUCCUGAUGUGGCUGAUGGUAGUCCUAUGUGGGGUCAUCAAACUAACACAACUGUUCCAAAUCAAAAUGGGUCCCCUUUUCACCAAGGACAUUCUCAGUCUAUGCAGCAAAAUAAAAGUUUUGUAGCACACCAUGACUUUGCCUUAUUUCAGGCCAACGAACAGCAGCAUCAGUGUGCCUCACUACAGUCUCGACAAAGCAGAAACAACAUGAACACAGGGCAAGACUCUCUGAAUCAGCCAAAAAACUUUAUGGAGGUUAACGUAUCUGCUCCACGCAGAGUCAGUGUUACUCAUCCACCUCAAAUUGCUAAUCCAUCAACUUCACAGCAGCCUCUCUCUGUUCAACAGUUUUCUCAAAAUGCCAGUGCUUCAAUACAUUUUUGUGGGAAUCAAGAAGGAAACUUUGAUGGACAAUCUCCAACUAUGACUCCUUGCUCUGUUAAUAAUACACAGCGGUUUCCUUCUCCAUAUUCUUACUCUAAUAACCACAUUUCUCCUACUAGCCUUUUACAGUCUUCUACCGCUCUUUCUACUAGCCAACAAACUCAUCCUUUAUCUGAUUAUACUGGAAGUGAUGCCUUUACAUCUCAAACAGGGACCAAGCAAGAAACCACCGAGCACCUCUUGAAUCCUAACACACCUUUGAAUUCAAAUAGUUUCCAGAUGUUGCAUUCAGCACAUUCUCAGGGCAGCUUCAGUAGUUCAAAACUCUCUCCUGUGAACAUUAAUUUUCCAGCCUCUGCGGGUUCUGCUUCUCAGAUAAGCCAUUUCAGUGAUCCUAUAGAAAGCAAUGGUUUUUCAUCUUUGGAUGAGAACUUACUUCAUCAAGUUGAGUCUCAAGCUGAACCAUUUACAGGACUUGAUCCAGAGGACCUCCUUCAGGAAGACCUCCUACCCCAAUUUGAUGAUUCAGCAUUUGUUCAGGACACUUCAAGCCACAUAUUAGAGCAUGACCUAGAACACCAUAUUACCCCACAGCAAAUAACACAGUCAUCGGAUAUUGCUCGGACAGAGUCUCAAAGUCAGAUGCAUCCCUGGCAUUCUUCAGUUUCUAAUCGGCAUCUACAAGAUAGAAAUCGUAUAGCCUUGCAAGGGCAGCCUCCUUCCUCCAAGAAGACUGAUGUUUCAGGGACAUAUACUAAAUUGCAGAAUACCCAGGUGAGGGCAAUGUCGGAAAAGAAACAGAAGAAAAAAGUAGAAUCGGAAAGUAAGCAGGAGAAGGCUAAUCGCAUAAUAUCGGAGGCAAUCGCAAAAGCAAAAGAGAGAGGGGAGAGAAACAUUCCACGAGUAAUGAGCCCUGAAAACUUUCCCAGUGUUUCGGCUGAAGGAAGAGAGGAAAAGAAAGGUAGAAAAAUUAAAUCCAAACCAAAGGACAAGGAGAGCAAAAAAACUAAAACUGGUUCCUCAUCCAAAAUUAAAGACAAAACAAAAAUUGGCAAGCUUAUAAUCACAUUGGGUAAAAAGCAGAAGAGAAAGAAUGAGUCUUCAGAUGAAAUGUCUGAUACUAAGCAGACUCCACAGCGGUCAUUUAAAGAUGAGGACUCUCAGAAGAGAAGAUCAAAUCGUCAAGUUAAAAGAAAAAAGUAUGCUGAAGAAGGAGAAGGAAAACAGUCAGAGGAAGAGGCUAAAGUUUCUGUGAAAAUCAAAAAGAGUUCUGCUCCUUUGCCUGCUGAGCAACCCUUACAAUUAUUUGUGGAGAAUCCAAGUGAAGAAGAUGCAGCAAUUGUAGAUAAAAUUUUAUCCUCCAGGAUAGUGAAGAAAGAAAUAUCUGCUGGAAUGACAAUGGAAGAAGAAGAAUUUUUUGUAAAAUACAAGAACUACUCCUAUCUUCACUGUGAAUGGGCCACAGAACAGCAGCUUUUGAAGGAUAAAAGAAUCCAGCAGAAAAUUAAACGGUUCAAGCUGAGGCAAGCACAAAGAGCCCACUUUUUUGCAGAUAUGGAAGAAGAACCUUUUAAUCCUGACUAUGUUGAAGUGGACCGGGUGCUAGAAGUCUCCUUUUGUGAAGAUAAGGACACUGGUGAGCCUGUUAUUUACUACCUAGUAAAAUGGUGUUCAUUGCCAUAUGAGGACAGCACCUGGGAGUUAAAAGAAGAUGUAGACCAGGCAAAAAUAGAAGAUUUUGAACAACUGCAAGCUUCCAGGCCUGAUUCAAGGAGAUUGGACCGACCUCCUCCUAACUCCUGGAAGAAGCUAGAACAGUCCAGAGAAUAUAAAAAUGGCAACCAGCUUAGGGAAUACCAACUGGAAGGACUCAACUGGCUCCUUUUCAACUGGUACAAUAGACGAAACUGCAUUUUAGCAGAUGAAAUGGGUCUUGGCAAAACCAUCCAGUCAAUUACAUUCCUCUAUGAAAUCCUCCUGACUGGUAUACGAGGGCCUUUCCUGAUCAUAGCUCCACUUUCCACUAUAACCAAUUGGGAAAGAGAAUUUCGCACAUGGACUGAUCUUAAUGUCGUGGUAUAUCAUGGGAGCAUGGUUAGCAGGCAGAUGAUACAGCAGUAUGAGAUGUACUUCAGGGACUCACAGGGGCGUAUCAUUCGAGGUACUUACCGGUUCCAAGCUAUUAUCACCACUUUUGAAAUGAUUCUUGGUGGCUGUCCAGAACUCAAUGCAAUUGAAUGGCGGUGUGUUAUUAUUGAUGAAGCGCACAGGCUGAAGAAUAAAAAUUGCAAACUUCUGGAGGGACUCAAACUCAUGAAUCUUGAGCACAAAGUGCUGUUGACAGGCACGCCACUGCAGAACACAGUAGAAGAACUGUUUAGCCUCCUUCAUUUUCUUGAACCUUUGCGUUUUCCUGCUGAAUCUACAUUCAUGCAGGAAUUUGGGGACCUUAAAACGGAGGAGCAGGUGCAAAAGUUACAAGCUAUCCUGAAACCAAUGAUGCUGAGACGGUUGAAGGAAGAUGUAGAGAAAAAGUUAGCUCCCAAGGAAGAAACUAUAAUUGAAGUAGAACUAACUAAUAUCCAGAAGAAAUAUUAUCGGGCAAUUUUGGAGAAGAACUUUGCAUUCUUGUCAAAAGGAGCUGGCCAAGCUAAUGUACCCAAUCUAGUUAACACUAUGAUGGAACUCAGAAAGUGCUGCAACCACCCUUAUCUUAUCAAAGGUGCUGAAGAGAAAAUCCUUGGGGAGUUUAGGGAAACAUAUAUCCCAACUGCUCCUGAUUUUCAUCUACAAGCAAUGAUCCAGUCUGCUGGUAAAUUGGUCCUCAUUGAUAAACUUCUUCCAAAAAUGAAAGCAGGAGGCCAUAAGGUGCUUAUCUUCUCUCAAAUGGUGCGCUGUCUUGACAUCCUUGAGGACUACCUUAUACAUAAAAGGUACUUAUAUGAAAGAAUUGAUGGGAGAGUGAGAGGAAAUCUGAGGCAAGCUGCUAUUGAUCGGUUUAGCAAACCAGACUCUGAUCGGUUUGUGUUUCUUCUGUGUACCAGAGCUGGUGGAUUAGGCAUUAAUUUGACUGCAGCUGAUACAUGUAUAAUUUUUGAUUCUGACUGGAAUCCUCAGAAUGAUCUCCAGGCCCAAGCCCGUUGUCACAGGAUUGGUCAGAACAAAGCAGUAAAGGUCUACAGAUUGAUAACUCGGAACUCAUAUGAGAGAGAGAUGUUUGACAGAGCAAGUCUGAAAUUGGGUCUGGAUAAAGCUGUCUUACAGAGCAUGAGUGGAAGAGAAAAUAGUGUUGGUGGUAUCCAACAGCUUUCCAAAAAAGAAAUAGAAGACCUGCUUCGAAGGGGUGCCUAUGGUGCUAUUAUGGAUGAAGAGGAUGAGGGCUCUAAAUUCUGUGAAGAAGACAUAGACCAAAUCUUGCAGCGCCGUACGAAAACUAUCACAAUUGAAUCCGAAGGAAGGGGUUCAACGUUUGCCAAGGCUAGUUUUGUUGCAUCUGGAAAUAGAACUGAUAUUUCAUUAGAUGAUCCUAACUUCUGGCAGAAAUGGGCCAAAAAAGCAGAAAUAGAUAUAGAUGCCAUCAGUGGUAGAAACAGCCUGGUUAUUGAUACCCCAAGAAUUAGGAAGCAAACAAGACCCUUUAGUGCCACAAAAGAUGAGCUGGCUGAGUUAUCAGAAGCAGAGAGUGAAGGGGAUGAUAAACCAAAACUCCGCAGGCCUUGUGACCGCUCUAGUGGAUAUGGAAGAACAGAGUGCUUUCGGGUGGAGAAAAACUUAUUAGUCUAUGGGUGGGGUCGUUGGAGAGAGAUUUUGUCACAUGGUCGCUUCAAGAGGCAACUAAAUGAACAGGACGUGGAGAUAAUUUGCCGAGCACUCUUAGCAUAUUGCCUUGUUCACUACAGAGGAGAUGAAAAGAUAAAAAGUUUUAUAUGGGAUCUCAUCACCCCAACAGAGGAUGGGCAAACACGAGAGCUGCAGAAUCAUCUAGGUUUGUCAGCACCUGUGCCGAGGGGUAGAAAAGGAAAGAAAGUGAAGACUCAGGCUAGCACUUUUGAUAUACAUAAAGCAGAAUGGCUUCGAAAAUAUAAUCCGGAACAUCUACUGCAAGAUGAAGGAUAUAAAAAACACAUAAAGCAUCACUGCAAUAAGGUCUUGCUUCGAGUAAGAAUGCUGUAUUACUUAAAACAAGAAGUCAUUGGUAAUGAAUGCCAAAAAGUGUUUGAUGGAGUUGAUGCCAGUGAAGUUGAUGUUUGGGUCCCUGAGCCAGAGCAUUCUGAGGUCCCUGCAGAGUGGUGGGAUGCAGAUGCAGAUAAAUCCCUCCUAAUUGGAGUUUUUAAGCAUGGGUAUGAAAAGUACAACACUAUUAGAGCAGAUCCUGCACUGUGUUUCUUGGAAAGAGUGGGCAAACCAGAUGAGAAAGCAGUUGCUGCUGAACAGAGAGCAAAUGAUUACAUUGAUGGGGAUGUAGAAGAUCCAGAAUAUAAACCAGCCCCAGCAAUGUUUAAAGAUGAUAUGGAGGAUGAUGCUUCAUCACCAGGAGAUCUAGUAAUAGCUGACGGAGACGGUCAGAUGAUGGAAGGAGACAAAAUUUAUUGGCCCACUCAGUCUGCUUUAACAACACGUCUGCGACGCCUAAUAACAGCCUACCAACGUACUAGUAAGAACAGGCAGGCCCAGCAAAUCCAACCAACGUUUCCAGUUCAGGCCACUGUGAUGCAGCCUCCAUAUGAAGAAGCUGCUCUAAAUCCAAAAAUUGCUGCCAAGAUUGAAAGGCAACAAAGAUGGACGAGAAGAGAAGAAGCUGAUUUUUACAGGGUUGUAUCCACAUUUGGAGUGGUGUUUGAUCCUGACGGGGGUCGAUUUGACUGGACAAAAUUUAGAGCCAUGGCUAGGCUACAUAAGAAAACUGAUGAGAGUUUAGAGAAGUACUUGUAUGCUUUUAUGUCUAUGUGCAGGAGAGUCUGUCGCCUUCCCUCAAAAGAAGAACUUGUAGACCCAACCAUUUUUAUCCAACCAAUUACUGAGGAGCGUGCUUCUCGGACCUUAUAUCGCAUUGAACUCUUGAGGAAGGUACGAGAACAGGCUCUCCGACAUCCACAGCUGUUUGAACGCUUGAAACUUUGUCAGCCAAAUCCAGACUUGCCAGUCUGGUGGGAGUGUGGGACUCAUGACAGGGAUUUACUUAUUGGAGCUGCUAAACAUGGGGUUAGCAGAACAGACUAUCACAUUCUUCGUGAUCCUGAACUCUCAUUUAUGUCUGCCCAGAGGAACUACAGUCAGAAUAAAGUGGCACUAUCAAGAACUUCUACUCCACUUUUACAUCAGUAUCAGAUGGCAUUGUCUGCUUCUCCUCUUGCACCUCAGUCAAGAUUGCCAGAUACUAAAGGGAAUGCUCUUGAGGAUACAAAAGUUAAAAAUGAAAACCUUAAAGAGGACCCUCAGUCGUCUGAAGAAGAAUCUAUGUCUACUGAGGAAACACGGACAAUGAUGAAAUCUGAACCUCUGAGCCCAAAGAAUGGCACGCCAUUACAGACUACAGACCACAAACCUGGCGUGAAAACUGAAACUGAUAGGCGUAUGGUUGCAGCAAGGACAGAGCCCCUAACUCCAAACCCUGCUUCCAAAAAACAGAGAGUCAACAAAAGAGGGUCAGACUCUAGCUCUGAUUCUGACUCUGAUUCAGACAGAUCAUCCUGUUCUUCCAGGUCAUCUUCAUCAUCCUCUUCCUCUUCCUCUUCUUGUUCACGCUCCCAAUCAGGAUCCAGCUCUUCUUCAUCCUCAUCUUGUUCGUCAGCAUCUUCCUCCUCUUCAUCAUCUUCAUCUUCAUCAUCGUCGUCAUCAUCGUCGUCAUCUGAAGAGAGUGACAGUGAUGACGAAGAGGCACAAAAGCGAGCAGAAGGAACCCCUCACAUCAAAGCAUAUGACGAAGAGAGCGUAGCCUCUCUGAGCACCACACAAGAUGAGACCCAGGACUGUUUCCAGUUGAACAACGGGACGCCAAAUUCCAGCUAUCUCUUGCAAGGUGGAUACAUGUUGGCUGCAUCCUAUUGGCCAAAGGAUCGAGUUAUGAUUAACCGACUAGACAGUAUUUGUCAAACAGUGUUGAAAGGUAAAUGGCCUUCGGCAAGAAGAAGCUAUGACAGCAAUACAGUAGCAUCUUUCUACACAACCAAACUUCUGGACAGCCCGGGUGCAGCUGCAGACUACAGCGAACCUAGUGCACCAACUCCCCCAACUGCAGGUGUUAAGGAAGAACAUGAUCAGUCGCCACAGAUGCCAAAGGUGAAGAAGCAUGUACGAGAAAAGGAGUUUACAGUGAAAAUCAAUGACGAAGGUGGUUUGAAGUUGACUUUUCAGAAGCAGGGGUUUUCUCAAAAAAGGCUGUUUGAAAGUGAAGAAGGCACGUUAGGACAGCAGCAAUACCUGGCUCGGCUUCGUGAGCUCCAGAAUGCUUCAGAGACCAGCCUUGUCAAUUUUCCAAAAUCCUUACCAGAAUCAGGUGCUUCCAAUCAGUUAACAGUUAAUGCUAAUGGAGUGAUGGUCGACAGCCAGCCUGUAGUCAAAAAGAGGAGAGGAAGGAGGAAGAAUGUAGAAGGAGUUGACAUCCUCUUUAUAAAUAGAAAUAAACCACCUAAUCAUGUUAGUCCAGGCAUUAACACCUCGCAAGUUGCUCCAGUAAUAAACCCAACACUUACUUAUGCUCAGUCCCAAGGUCUACUUGAUGAAGAAAGCCCAGUUCCUGUCAUUAACCUGAAAGAUGGAACAAGACUGGCAGGUGAUGAUGCACCAAAAAGGAAGGAUUUAGAAAAAUGGCUUAAGGAACAUCCUGGUUAUGUUGAAGAUUUAGGAGCUUUUAUUCCUACACCAUACCAUGGCAAGCAUGGAGCCCGCUCAGCUCACCGUCACUGCUGCUGUUGUGAGCAUUGUAAACACCUCGUGCAUUAUCCUAGAGUAUAUGCAGAACGGGCUAAGAGACGCCAGCACAAGGAGGAUUUUGAUGAGGACAUGGACACAGACAUUCCUGAAAGCACGGGCUGUGGCAAUUGGGACAUUAUGGCAGCAGGGGGACUGGUUGAUACAGUGGAACACCGAUUCUGGGCCAGGCAAACAAGCACAGACUGGUGGAACCACAUAGUAUUGCAGCCUUCUGUUGUUUGGGCCGUCCUCUGGAGUGGAGUGGCUGGGUGCCCGGAGCGCGCCCUCCUCACCCCCCCAUUCUUGGGCAUCUGGGUGAGGCGGAUAUGGAACUUCAGAAGGAAGAGAAUGCAGCUUCAUGAUGGGAGGCCCAAACAAAAAAGGCACCGUUGUCGAAACCCUAAUAAACUGGAUGUUAAUAGUCUCACUGGUGAAGAACGUGUUCAGCUGAUCAAUAGAAGAAAUGCUAGAAAGGUGGGAGGUGCUUUUGCUCCACCGCUGAAGGACUUGUGCAGAUUCUUGAAAGAAAAUCCUGAGUAUGGAGUAGCUCCUGAAUGGGGAGAUGUUGUGAAACAGUCUGGAUUUCUUCCUGAAGGUAUGUUUGACCGUAUUCUCACUGGGCCUGUUGUACGAGAAGAAGUAAGCAGGAGAGGGAGACGGCCUAAAAGUGAGAUUGCCAAGGCAACAGCUGCAGCAGCAGCAGCUGCAACAGCAGCAAAUGUUUCGGUCAACCCUUUGCUAGCCAAUGGAUUACUUCCAGGAGUGGAUCUAUCUACUCUUCAGGCCUUACAACAAAACCUGCAGAACUUGCAAUCACUUCAAGUAACAGCAGGAUUAAUGGGAAUGCCUGCUGGACUAACUACUGGAGGAGAAGCUAAGAAUAUGGCUGCCAUGUUUCCCAUGCUACUGUCAGGAAUGGCUGGAUUACCAAACUUGCUGGGUAUGGGAGGACUCCUAACAAAGUCAACAGAAUCUGUUUCAGAGGAGAAAAAGGGAAAUGACUCAAAAGAGCCAGUUGUAAAGAAAGAAAGGACAGAAAACCAACAUGCAGAUAAUGGUGGUGAAGACUCUGUGUCAAGUUCUCCCUCUACGUCCUCUGCUGCUGCCAACCCUUUAGCUCUUAACCCAUUACUUUUGUCCAAUAUACUUUAUCCAGGGAUGCUUCUCACUCCAGGCCUUAAUCUUCAUAUCCCAGCAUUGUCCCAAUCCAAUAUUUUUGAUGUACAGAAUGCUGAAAACAAUGACACAGGAUCAGCCAAGCCUACAGAGGAAAAGGAGAAAAAUUCUAGGGUUAGAGAUCAGGAAGACAAAGGGGGAACAGAGCCAAGCUCUCAUAAUGAAAACAGCACAGAUGAGGGUUCAGAGAAAGCAGAUGCUUCAUCUGGAUCUGACAGUACAUCGUCUUCAUCUGAAGAUUCAGAUUCUAGUGAUGAAGACUGACCCCAGACUAUGUACUUAAAUUAUGAACUAAUUUUGAAUUUAUUCUUUAAUUAUUUCAUUGUAAAUAGCCCAGUGUUGAGCUCAUCAAAUGAUUUAUUGACUCAACUUUCAGUAUUUGUUUAGAAGUGCAAACUGCUUUCAGAGAUGUUUUGCAUGUAAUAUUUCUUGAAGUUCAUAAGUUUCUGAACUUGUAUGUACUAUCAAUACACAAUGGUGUAAAAUUACAACAAAUGGCAUAAUUUUGGGAGGUUAUUUUAUGAAAAUAAUGCUCAGUAAGAGCUGUAUAUUUAAUAUAUUUGCAGUGAACACAGAAUAUUUUAGGCAUAUUAUUGAUUUAAUUUGAAUAUAGUUUUACAGCCUCCUUGACACUUAUAAUUUACAGAUCAAAACUCAGCAAUAAUUUGGGCAGCUAAUGAAUGUCAUGAAAGCUGUAGAAUCUAAAUCACCAUCCAUUGCUUUAAUUACAUGAAAAUGCUAUAGUGUUGCGAUGCACUGCUGAUGUUUCCAAUUCAGGUACAAGUGUGUUUAAAAGGAGGAAAAAAGUUUCCCAGUCAGCCAGUUAAACUGGCUAUCUGUUACCUCAGCUGAGUUAGUUUAGGAAGUUUACAUUGGUUUCUAUACUUGUUUUCGGGUUUUGUUUUGUUUUUAAACACACCCUCUAUGAUAUGUUAAUCUGGCAGGAGAUAGGACUGUUUUUGCUGAUCAAACGCGUUCUUUGAUAACAGUAAAGGGAAGUUGACACAAAAUAUUCCUAUCUCAUCCUACUUUGGCACCACAGAGACCUAUUUAGUUUAAACCUUGCAAAGUUUUGGGCUCCCACCACAGAAAUACGAGGUCCUGAUUGAGGAAUAGUAUCCCCAAAACUCAGAAAAGGCAAACUGUCAUGAAGUGCCACUGAAAAGACCUUUCAACACUGCAUACUUCAUGUAAAAAAAUGUUUGUUUGCUUUGUUUGUGUUGAUUUUUAUUUGUGUUUUAUGUAACAAUGCCUCCCGGGAUUACCAGAUAAUAAUGGUAAAGAAGAAUAUUGAUGGUUUAAACUCAUUUUGAGUUUAGACUUCUCUACAGGUUUAAAUAUGACUAAACGUUAUGACGAAAUGUUACCCAAAAUCAUUCUUGAGGAUUUAGUUUAUAUAUUAUGCUGAGUUGCCCAAUUUAAAAUUUAAAAAAGCACUUUGAAUAGUAAAGACAGAUAAGUUAUUCCUGUAAACAAUAAUAAGAGGGCAUAAGACAUCUGUUCAAACCCAAAUCCUUAGAACCCUUUACUGUAUAAAAUCAGUCUCAUAUUUGAUGUGUGAUAUGAUUCCUCUUUCUGCUGAAGCUGCUAUUACUCUGACAUGGUAGAGGCCCAGAUUCACACUUACAUGUUUGAACUGAGAUUUCGAUUGACUUUAGUUAUCUCAUUUGUGGCCCAAGAUAGGGAAGUGCUCAGAGAGAAUAGAUACAGGUACUAGUAGAAAUCAUUGAAAAAAGCUUUUCAAAGGGAUAAAUUUGAAAAAAAAAAAAAAACUGUAUAUUUUGAUAUAGUUCUGUUGCUCGCUUGUAUAGUAAACAAGACUUUUGUUUUUUACCAAGAACUUUUCCAAUACAUUAUAUGUUUCUAUGUGCAAAAUAAUUAACCCCAUGAUUAGAAGCAGUAUUACAUGUAAUUACACAAUUAUACAAGUCCCAUUUGGAUUGUCCUGGUUACUGUAUUUUCCCACAAUAGUAUUCUGAUUUUUGGCCUUUCAUACAGUGUCUUAGCAAUAGUGAAAAUUAAAACCUGCCAAGAGAGGGGUGUAGCAAUUCUUCAUCAUGAAGGGAUGUAUUGCAUAUUUAAUAUUUUUGCCCUUUGUAAUAUAGCACUUUUGUUUAACUAGGAUGCAUCUAUGAAAUAGCCAAAGUUUUUCAAACACAGUUAUUAACUUAGUUUGCUGAUGGAAUAUUUCAACAACACCCUUGCCCCACAAAAGAAAUACUAAAUCUUGUGGCUAAAACAUAAUUUAUAUCAAAUUUAUUAAAUAAAGUAUUUUCCUAAUUAUGGUCAAGUGAGUUUGCUUACCGUUCUAGUGAUUCUCUUUCUAUGUAAUAAGGCAAUUGCAGUUUAAAAUAAUUAAGGCUGAUAUAGACUUGAACAUAAUGUAUUGGAUUUAUUUUUAAUCAUUAUCAAUUGGAAGAGGAAAAAUGUGUCCCACUAUCAGCUAAACAAUAUGCAAAUAUGGUUGUAUAAAGUUAAGGGUUGUAAGGAAACUUCAGUAGAUUUACACUAAUACUGAAGUUGCAGUUAAAAGGAUACCCAAGGUGAUGAUAAAGUGUGUGUUGGUAGUUACUAAAAGAACUUUAGCUGUUACUGCCUUGUAUUUCUAUCCCUUGUUUCAGGCUUCAUGAUACAAGUCUUAGUCCAGUUUUUCUUUUGGACAUUUGCAAUAUUUGCCAGUUGUGUUCUGUGUAGUCUGAAUUUGCUUUCUGUAGUUCAACAAGCGUCUUAAAAAGUCAUUUGUAAUUUAUUGAAUUACUUUCUAUGAUGUUCUAUAGAGGAAAUGGAAGUUUAAUUAUUUUUUAUUAAACAUAUUCUUUGACUACC